AUGAUCGCUUCGAGUUUAGCGUCGUAUCUCAAUUGUUCCGAUGGUGAAUCUUCACUCAACAAGACUUUUGCCAGCGGCUGGAGCAAAGUGGUUGAGCUCCUCUCAGAAAGUACCGUAAUAAAGAGGCCAAACUUAGAAGGCAGGACCUACCGAGACUGUUUCCAUGCCAAUUUUGGGAAAAACGAUUGGGAAAUUCGCUGCAAUCUGGAAAUGCUGAAAAGUUUCGCCAGCGAAAUAAAAGCUUUGUUAAAGCUACAAAACGCAUCGAGUGUGAUUACGAUGAUGUCAUAUUGCAUUCCCAGAAAUCCUUUGGAUAACAUUCAACAGCUAAAUAUCGUAACCGAGCGAGGAACGCCUUUGGAUGUAUUGCAUCUUGUACAGUUGUCUCCACAACAGAGACAUAACCUUGUAGAUAUAAUUAGAGAAUUUUUCAUCACCUACCCAAUGCUACGACUUCAUGACUUUCGAAGGCAACAGAUAGUUUUGGUUUAUGGGCAACCGAAAAUUGUUGACUUCGAUGGUGCCUACUUUAGUGAUGAGAAUUUGGACCAUGAGCAAUGUAUGUUUGCAGUCUAA